AUGCCACGCUCCAACGACGCCCGCUCAACGUCGUCCGCCUCGUCGACCAUCAUGGACAGAUCGCACGCGGCGACGACGACGACGGCAGACCCUGAAAAGGCGGAUCGGAUACCGUACGAGUCCUCCUCGUCUGCCCGUCAGUCCCUAGACCGCAUUCCCUCCCAGCAGCGCGAGACCGACGCCAACGUCUACCCGGACCCGUCCAACGUUGUCGAAGCCGAUCUUGAAAAGGGCGGCUUGGCGGCCGCGCAAAAUUCCAUAGAUGCCAAGAGCCAUGGCGGCAACGUCGCUGCAACGGCCGGGGAAGAGGCGCCACCCACUCCCGCCGCCCCGCCGGGCAUGAACCCGGCCGACUUCCCCGACGGCGGCGCUCAGGCAUGGCUUGUCGUCUUCGGGGGCUGGUGCGCGCUGUUCUGCACGUUUGGGCUCAUCAACUGCGUCGGCGUCUUUCAGGCGUAUUAUUUGCAGGGUCCGCUGAGCCAGUAUCCAUCGUCGUCGGUCGCGUGGAUCACCAGUCUGCAGGUGUGGACCAUGACCUUCAUGGGGGUUGUGUUCGGUCGACUAUACGACACGUAUGGCCCCAAGUACCUCCUCUACGGCGGCACCGUCGUGUACGUGUUUGGCCUCAUGAUGACGAGCCUGUCGACCCAGUACUACCAAUUCAUCCUGGCCCAGAGCAUCGUCUCGUCCGUUGGCUCGAGCGCUUGCUUCAACGCCGCGAUGGCAUCGGUGACUUCUUGGUUCUUCAAGCGACGCGCCGCCGCAUUUGGCGUCAUGGUGUCCGGCUCGUCGGUUGGUGGUGUGGUUCUGCCCAUCAUGAUGAGCAAGAUGAUUUCCCAAGUCGGCUUCCCGUGGGCUAUGCGCGCCGUCGCCUUCUUGUUCCUGUUCUUGUUGGGCAUUGCGUGCCUGACGGUCAAGUCACGGUUACCGCCGCGACCCCGUCCAUUUGUGUUCAAGGAGUAUGUCGACAGCCUGCGGGAGCCACGAAUGGCAAUCACUGUGUGCGCCCUGUUUCUGUUCUUUUGGGGCAUGUUCCUGCCUUUCAAUUUUGUCAUCUUGCAGGCGCAGGCUCAGGGUAUGGAUGAGAACCUGGUCAUUUACCUGCUUCCCAUCAUGAACGCCGUCAGCAUCCUCGGCCGCAUCGUCCCUGGUAUCCUUGCUGACAAGGUCGGCCGGUAUAAUGUCAUGAUCUGCAUUACCUUCAUCAGCGCCAUCUUUUGUCUCGGCCUUUGGAUCCCCGGCAAGGGCAACGCGGCCAUCAUCGUCUUCCUCAUCAUUUUCGGCUUCUCCUCUGGCGGCUUCAUCUCACUGGGGCCGGCUUGCAUCGCCCAGAUCUCCGACAUCAGGCAGAUUGGCGUCCGCACGGGAACUGCGUUCGCCGUACAGUCAUUCGGCGCGUUGACUGGUAGCCCCAUAGCCGGCGCCAUUGUCGCGUCGCAGGGCGGGAGCUACCUGGGCCUGCAGCUGUUCUGCGGGUUCACGAUGCUUGCGUCGGUCAUUGUAUUCUUCGCAGCGAGAACCGUGCAGGUUGGUUUAGUUUUGAAGAAGGUGGUGUGA